GUAGAUAUUGUACGUCAGAGAUUUUGGCAGUCCGUGGGUGAACUAUUUUCUUGAUUUCUUCAUUGUUGACCUUUCCUAAAUCUUAGGUGUAAUUAAUUCAUCAUUAGAAGUUAUUGUUCGUGCCUUUACUAUCUAGUUUGUAAUUUAUAACAUAUAUCAACGAUGGAUUCUGAAGAUGACACAAAGGAUGAUGUUGAUUCUGGUAAUGAGUCCAGUGGAGACGAUGUCGACUUUGUCAUGGACGAGACUCAUAGUACAAGGGAAAGACAAACAGAACUCGAAGAAUAUCCAUACGAAGUGUUAUCAACAGAAGAAAUUGUUCAACAUAUGGUUGAUUGCAUUAAAGAAGUUAACACAGUUGUUGAGAUACCAGCAACAACGACUCGUAUCCUUCUGAACCAUUUCAAGUGGGACAAAGAGAAAUUAAUGGAACGUUUCUAUGAUGGAGACCAGGAUCAACUAUUUGCUGAAGCUAGAGUUAUAAAUCCAUUUCGAAAACCAGUCACACAGAGGCCAAAGCUACCAAGAAGAAUAUCAACAUCAGGGGCGGAAGAAUGUGAAAUUUGUUUUACUAUUUUACCAACUGCGAUUAUGACAGGCUUGGAAUGUGGUCACCGAUUCUGUACACAAUGCUGGUGUGAAUAUUUGACAACAAAAAUAAUGGAGGAGGGCUUGGGUCAAACGAUAGCGUGCGCGGCUCAUGCGUGUGACAUACUGGUCGAUGACGCGACGGUGAUGCGGCUGGUCCGUGAUCCACGAGUCAAACUCAAAUACCAGCAUAUCAUCACCAACAGCUUCGUUGAGUGUAAUCGACUACUGCGCUGGUGUCCUUCUCCCGACUGCAGCAAUGCUAUCAAGGUGGCGUACGUGGAGGCGGCGCCGGUCACGUGCCGCUGUACGCACACCUUCUGCUUCGCGUGCGGCGAGAACUGGCACGACCCCGUGCGCUGCUGUCUCCUCAGGAAAUGGAUCAAGAAGUGUGACGACGAUUCAGAGACUUCCAACUGGAUUGCCGCCAACACGAAGGAGUGUCCGAAGUGUAACGUGACCAUAGAGAAAGAUGGUGGCUGUAACCACAUGGUGUGCAAGAACCAGAACUGCAAGGCGGACUUCUGUUGGGUAUGCCUCGGGCCCUGGGAACCCCAUGGCAGUAGCUGGUAUAACUGUAAUAGAUACGACGAAGACGAAGCCAAGGCGGCUCGCGACGCCCAGGAGCGGUCCCGGGCCGCCCUGCAGCGGUAUCUGUUCUACUGUAACCGUUACAUGAAUCACAUGCAGUCCCUGCGCUUCGAGUCCAAGCUGUACGCAUCCGUCAAGGAGAAGAUGGAGGAGAUGCAGCAGCACAACAUGAGCUGGAUCGAGGUCCAAUUCUUGAAGAAGGCAGUGGACAUCCUGUGCCAGUGCCGACAAACGCUCAUGUACACCUACGUGUUUGCGUACUACCUGCGGAAGAACAACCAGUCGGUGAUAUUCGAGGACAACCAACGUGACCUGGAGUCCGCCACUGAGACCCUCUCCGAAUACCUGGAGAGGGACAUCACCAGCGAGAACUUGGCUGACAUCAAGCAGAAGGUCCAGGAUAAGUACAGAUAUUGCGACAGCAGACGCAAAGUUCUACUGGAGCACGUCCACGAAGGUUACGAAAAGGAUUGCUGGGACUAUACAGAGUAAUUCCUCUAUUUCUAUCCCUCUCACAACUCUAACACACUCUCAUUGCGUCUCACUUACGCACUUCGCGGAAUAUUUGAAGAUCAUACACACACUAGCUACUUAUAAAGACACAGAUAGGAUUUGUCUACGAUUAAGAUAAAUUUAUUUAAUGCUCUUUACAAAUUACUCCCAAUUCAUAGGAAUGAAUUGGCCUAAGAACCGAUUGAUCUAAAGGAUAUAAAUUCAGCCAUUGAUCAAUUGUUGUAGUAUUUUCUUUUAAUUUUAUUACUAAAAAUAGCAAAUUUUAUUAAAAUAUAUAAUUAAAUCGCAUAGAUUGUGUUGCAUGGGAAAAUAAUAAUAUUAUCGUGUUUUUUUUUCAACUCUCAAUAGAGAGUUUUUUCUCAUUAAUAAAUGAGAAAAAAAAAUCCCCCUUUCCACUGCCAACUGUCACUACGUAAUUAACAUAACCUAACUUUUUUGGAUUCAGCGAACAAUAAUUUUAAUAACCAUAUUCUAGAAGUAACUCAAGUCAACUUGUUUUUAUUUUGCCCAUUGGCGUUGGCCGGACAUUUGAGAAACUGAUUAGGUCCGGAUUAAUUUGAUCUAUAUUAUUAUGUCCUGAGACUAUAUUUUUCUGUAACAGUCUGGUUGAUACUGUGUGUACAUAGUUAAUAUUUAUGUUUAAUUUUAUUAUUAUUUUUACCCAUUUACGUCUUAUGAAUCUAAAUUCAUACCUAUAAUAAAAUUAUGGGAUUCUUUUAUCGAAAUUCUACGUUUUCAUUUCGUUGUUACCAUUUUCGAAAUCCUCAAGUCUGUGGAUGUGUUUUAAUAGUUAUUUAUGCAACUGUUGUGUAGAGGAAUUAAAACACGAAUGUGGGUUUAUGAUCAUAGUAUCACAUGAGCGUUUUAAUACCUAAUUAUCAACAGUUGCAUGCAAGACUUUAUCUACACCCAUAAUAUGAAUCCCCUAUAAAAGAUUCUGAAACACUAAGCUUAUUGCCAACAAUAAAACACCCAAUAUCCUAAUAACCAUUACAUCAUCCAAACGAGUGUUGUAAAGUUGUACUGAAUUUCAUUACAACACUCGUUUGGAUGAUUUAAUGGUUAUUAGGACUGGCUUAUUUAAUGUUAGCAGUAAGCUAACUGUUUUAGAAUCAUAGAGGAUCAUCUCAUAGAGGAUUUAAAGCAUGGGUGUAGAUAAAAAUAUAAACAUGACAAAAAAAAUUAGUUCUUCGCCAAACUGUAAAGCGUAAUUAGUUUAGUACAUCUGUGAUCUUUGCUGGCGAAAAGGAUCAUUCAUUGUAUUUUAGUUUUUUUUAGUUUGUUAAUAUAAGUAAGGAUAUUUUUAUAAAGUCAGAUCUCCAUUACUAAAACAUUAUGAUAAUUCACGUUGAUUUUGUCUAUCAUAAAUAGAUUUUUUUUAUUGUAAUUGUUUUGUAUGUCGUUAUAUUUGUAAAAAUCAUACGCAAACAAUUGUAUACUAGCAGCUUGAGAUGUGAUUUUUGCUCACAUCGUAAUAUUUUAUACUUAGAUCAUUUAUAUUUCUAGACAGACUAUAACAGCUGUGAAAUCGUCGAAAAAAAUGUGUUUAGAAUCAUUAUUUUUAGCAAUUCACGCACACUAACACAAAGUGUCAUACAAAUCGUGAGUGUAAGACGUAGCUUGUCACGCACACUAAAGUAUUAAAACGGGCAUGUUUUUAUCGGUUGUCUAACAGCAAGAGACUGUCUAGACGUAUUAAUUAUCUAAGAUUUUGUAUUUUGUUCGAUCAAUAUUAGUGUUGCUCAUAGAUUUAGACUUGUCGGAUAAAUUGUUGGCCAUACAUGGACGGAUAUGUAAAAAUGUAUUUAUAUUUUAAAUGAUUCAUCAUGUUUGAGGAUAAAAUGAAGUUAAAAGCGACGCAUUGUUGAUGCAAUGGAGUGGUAAAAGUUGAACCAAUGGUAGGAGUGUUUAAUAAAUACAUACUACGGGGCAAGUUACUGCUGUAUGUUUAAAGGCCGCGAAGUACGGAGUGCACUCCUUUGAGCAAAUUUUGUUAAGGACUACAGUGCGGGUUAAAAUAAAUUUGAAUCUUUCUGUGCAUGGCGUGAAGUUAUAUAUAAAAAAUCAAACUACCGUCGAUUACAUAAUAUAUAAAUGCAUGACGUGUUGUAUUAUAAAGACUUGUGUUGCUAACAAUGUGUCAGUAUUCAUAGAUGUAUUAGAUUACAUUGUAUAAAUAUAUAUAUAUAUAUAUAUUAGUAAAAAAAUUCUCGUCGUCAAAAUAGUGUUGUAAGUGAUAUUUUUGUUUAUGAAAUCUUAAAACGAAUUUUUAAACGACAACGUGGCAUACUACGUGGAUCUACAAUAUUUUUUAUCGGAACGCAUAUGUUAAUUUUUUAAAUAAAUUAUCAGAUUCUACCUAGAAAUAGGAUUGUUCUUCUGUGAUUAUUAUUCAUUUUUGGCCUCAAAGGCCCUACAUAAAUUCUAUGCAGUUGAUAGCUUAGUAUGUAUAAAUUGUCUAAAUAUCAUAACAUUUUUGCAAUGUUGUAAAAAUUCGUUUCAAUCUUAGUGUAGAAGUGUAAUUUUAACCGUAAGUCUUUCGUAGUACGUCAGAUGUACAAUAUGUCGCUUAAUCUGCUCCGGUCGUGGAGCGGAGAAUGUCGGUCAUUGACCUAUUACAGUCUGUCCUUUUCGCACGCGUACCUGUCCUUUUAGGAAGUGAAAGGAAAGUCGUUGUGACGUCAGGUCUGAUAUUAUAGAUCUCUGCUUUCCAAACGACAUCUACAUAUCUUAAUGUGCGCAUAAGAGAGCACUGCCAAUUAUAACAGAUAUUUAAUGCGUUUACAUAGUGGACGCGGAGUGGUGUGAAAUAUUUAUCCUCAAUAUCAAUGCUGAACUAAAGGAAUUUUAUUACGUGGUGUAAAGCCACAGAAUAAAAAUAAAUACGCAACAUCUCAAAAUAACAAAAAUAAAAAAAAACAACAUAUAGUUAAUUUUGAUUGCGUGUUUGAUUGACUUUGAAAAGUUUUUUUGGAAUGUAUUCUUUUUGUUCCGCAUUGAUAUAGACUCGGUAUAAACAGUUUAUAGCCUCGCAAAUUCGUGUCGUAUAAGUUAGAACAUAUUAUCAUCCCUUCCCCCGGAUCGCCCGCUAUGGGUGUGUCGCGGACGAAUCUGCCAGGCUUAAGUGAAUGUCUAAGAAUACGGAUGGGUUUACGCGUUGUACAUAAUAUAGGAGCUGUAUAAUAAAUAUUUAUAUGAAUAAUAUUCACGACUCUAAUGUAUGAGCAUCUUGUAUGUAUGGCUGAGAACAUUUGUCGGAAGGUGGAAAUAAAAAUAGUAACAUCGA